AUGGAAAUUGUCCAUAGGCUGAUGAUAUCAGGGAAUCCUGCUGUUGACAUAAUGACAAAACUUCUUGUUUUCUUUGUUGCCCAGAAGGUUGCAUUCCUGUGGUAUCAUCUCGGAAUACUUCUCGCGAGACUUUCUUCGCUCCGGACCACUCCCGCCCUGCCUCGCGCCGCCGCCGCCGCCACCGCCGCCGGCGCCGCUCCUCCUCCGUGUCAGUUGUUGGACUGUAAUGGCGACUGGGCCGCCGCUGCCGAAGUGACUCCCGGGCGGGGGAGCGGGGCCAGACCUGCGCCAGAGAGAACUGCAGAGAGCCUCAGCUCAGGAGGUGGCUUGCUGCGGGGGAAGGGGAGGCGUCUUUCCGCCUCUCCUUCCUUCCCCGCAGACAGGCGGAAUCCCGGGAGUCGGUACGAGGCGGGCACCCGGUGCGUCCCCGGCGCGGUGAGGCCAGGCCGGGCAGCCCUGGGGCCGGUCGGGGCGGCGUCACUGCACCCUCCGCCAGGCCCCGCGGGAUGCACCGUGGGAGCCGAAGGCGGAGGCGACACUCUCAGUAAAUACCACUUUAUCCCAGCAGAUGUAGCCACGACAUGGGAUGCACUUUCACAGACCAAGGCUGCUCUGAGACACAUUGAAAACAAAUUAGAAGUAGCCCCAUCAAGUACAGCUGUGUUUGAUUCUGUCAUGGAUGUUAAGAAGUCUUCUGCAAGUGCUACCCGAAAGAUAAGUAGAAAAGAUGGUAGAUACCUGGAUGAUUCUUGGGUUAAUGUUUCAACCUCCAAAUGUAAAUCACGAAAAGAGAAAUCUCGUAGUCCUCUCAGAGCUACCACCUUGGAGAGUAAUGUGAAGAAAAAUAAUCGUGUGGAAUUUCGUGAUCCUCUGGUUUCUUACAGGGAAAUCCAUAGUGCACCUUCUAACUUAAGUCCUAGCCACCUGGAGUCAAAGCAUGUAUAUUAUGUAGAUGUUAAUGAAGAAAAAACUGAGAGUGGAAACCGGAUGGUACAGAACCGAGAACAACAGGAUAUACAUUGCUGUGAUUUUGAGAGCUCCCAGUCAUCUAUAAUCAAUGAUACAGUUGUUAGGUUUUUAAAUGAUCGACCAGCAAUUGAUGCAUUGCACAGUUCAGAAUGUUUGAUUAAGACGGGAAUUUCUAUGAGAAUGGAUGGAGAAAUGCCUAAUAGAGCAAAAGGAAAUGAGAACAGUUCAAAGCCUGCUGUGAAUAACAUUGACCAUCCUGUUGAUCUUAAAGUGUUACAGUUAACUGAUUCUUCUCCAUCCUCUACUAGUACUUCUAAUUCCCAAAGAUUAGAUAUUUUAAAACGGCGGCAACAUGAUGUCAAACUGGAAAAGCUUAAGGAGCGGAUUAGAAAACAAUGGGAACACUCAGAAGAAAUAAAUAGCCGGGGCCAGAAUUUGGGUCAUAUUGACCAUCCAAUAAUGGUUGUUAAUGUUGAUAGCUCAGUGACAGCAAAAGUCAGGAAAGUGGCAACAGCACCCCCUGCUCCAACAUAUAAAGGUUUCAACCCUUCAGAGACCAAGAUUCGAACACCUGAUGGAAAAGUGUGGCAAGAGGCAGAGUUUCAGACUAUGAGUAGAGAACUGUACCGAGACUUGGCACUUCAUUUUGCAGAUGAUAUCUCUGUAAAAGAGAAACCUGCUGAAAAAAAUAAAGAGAAAAAAGUGGUGAAGCCAGUGCGAAAAGUCCAAAAGGCAGCACAGUUAUCAAGUCCAGAAUGCAAAACAGGCAGUACUCGUCUGAUUAGUACAUCUUCUUGGCGGGAUGGACAAAAACUAGUAAAGAAGAUUCUGGGACCUGCUCCCAGAGCAGAACAGAGAGAGCGAAGACCAGCAUCAAGUGACAGAAACAGAGGAGAGAGAAAUCCUAGAUUUGGGGCUCAUAUUGGAAGAGCAGAAUCUGAUCCCAGGUUGGAUGCUUCACAUAGACAUGUCCCCCGAGCCUCAGAGCAUUCAAGAAGUCGAGCUCGGUCCGAAAAUAAUAUAAAGAAAUUAACUCCAGCUCUUUCAGAUAAUAAGCAGGAGGAAAAUACUGCCUUAAAUAAGGACUUUCUACCUGUUGAAAUUCGUGGUAUUCUUGAUGACCUACAGCUGGAUUCUGCAGUGCCAAUCCCAAGGCAAGAGACGGGAGAGUUAGAGAAUCAGAAAUCAUUAGCACCUAUACAAGCUCCUCGGAGUCAUAGCCCAGUGAAAAGAAAACCUGAUAAAAUAACAGCUAAUGAAGAUCCCCCUAUCAUUUCCAAAAAGCGCCACUAUGAUACUGAUGAGGUACGGCAGUAUAUUGUUAGACAGCAGGAGGAAAGAAAGAGGAAGCAAAAUGAGGAGAAGAAAGCUCAAAAGGAGGCUACUGAACAGAAGAACAAACGAUUACAAGAGCUUUACCGGAAGCAGAAAGAAGCCUUUACUAAAGCAAAAAAUGUACCUCCUUCGGAUCCAUCAGCAGCUAGGCGACUACAGGAAACUUACUCCAAAUUGAUACUAGAAAAGACCUUGCUUGAAGAGCCAGCUCAUCAACAUGUUACACAGGAAAUACAGGCCAGAUCAGGGUAUCAGCCAUCUGGAGAAUCUGAUAAGGAAAACAAAAUACAGGAACGUCCCCCAAGUGCAUCUUCCAGUAGUGACAUGUCUCUAUCUGAACCUCCACAACCUCUUACAAGAAGAGACUUGAUGGAAACUACAUGGAUGCAUCCUGACAGACUGAGCCCACGAGCACAUAAUUCUCAACCACAGCCUCUUGUUGGAGCAGCUGGAAAUUUGCUUUCCCAACUCUUGAAUCUAGAACACGUAGGAAUUCUGCAUAAGGAUUUUGAAUCUAUCAUACCACACAGAAAGAAUAAUAAUAAGGCUUCAGGACCAUUAGUUUUUACAUCUCAACCAUAUCUGACCUCACCAGCUGCUCAUCCAGAUGCCUUGUUAAAACCUAAUGCCAGCCAGUAUAAGAGUAAAUUGGAUCGUAUUGAAGCCUUGAAAGCAACAGCUGCUUCUUUGUCCAGCAGGAUUGAAUGUGAAGCCAAGAAGUUAGCAGGAGCCAAUAUCAACUGUGGGUCAGUGUGGAACACUGAAUAUGAUAUGCAGCAAGCACCUCAAGAUGGACUUCAAGCCAAGGCUAUAAGUCCACCUGUGAAAGAGGAAACUGAAGAUGUUUUCUCUGCUCGAAUUCAAAAGAUGCUGGGAACCUGUGUGUCUCAUGCAACUUUUGAUGAUGAUCUUCCUGGUGUAGGCAACCUCAGUGAGUUUAAAAGGCUUCCUGAGAUGAUAAGACCUCAGAGUGCAAUAUCAAGCUUUAGAAUGAGAUCACCUGGUCCCAAACCAGGUGGACUGCUGGCACAGUUAUGUAAGAGGCAGACUGACUCUUCUAACUCUGAUAUGCAAGCCUGUUCUCAAGAAAAAGCCAAAGUGUCUCUCUGUUCCAGCACAGAGUCAGUCAGUGAAGGGCCUCUUCUUAGUGAGGGAAGUCUUUCUGAAGAAGAGGGAGGCCCAGAAGCACGUCCCCUUUUGAAAGUAGCAGAAAUCUUAAAUGAUAAAGAAUUUUGCACUGGAGAAAGAAAUACUUGUGAACCAAUCAAAGAGUUUCAGAAGGAAGCUGAGAAAUUCUUGCCACUUUUGGGGCACAUAGGUGGUACACAAAGCAAAGGACCAUGGGAAGAAUUGGCAAAGGGAAGUCCCCAUAGUGUCAUCAAUAUUUUCACUAAAUCAUAUCAGUUAUAUGGAAAAGGGCUUGAAGACAGAUUAGACAGAGGAAUAUCAGCAUCACAGCCUUUGAAUGCCAUCACAACCCCUCUAAGUAGUAUUUCCUAUGAGGAUGAUUUUGUCUCCUCUCCAGGCAGUGGGACUUUGACGGAAAAAACAUCAACUCUUGAAACUAAUAUUGGGGGCAACAGUUUAGGUAUUCAGGAGGACCAUUCUAGCAGAAAGUCUGCCUAUGAUCUUUCCUGCAUGGAUGUUGCCUCCCAGCAUUCAUCAGGAGCCCAGUCUGUUGCUUCGUCUCGUUCAUCUACUUCUUCAAAAGGAAAGAAAGAAAAAAAGGAAAAGACAGAAUGGUCAGAUUCAUUCAUUGGAAAUGUUCAGAACUCACUCAUUGAUGAAGAAAAGGUACAGUCCAGCUCAGAACAUGGUUCCCACCAAGGAAAGAAAUCUGGAACCAGUGGUAAACUCUCUGUUAGAGAUUAUGAGCAGACUCUGGACACUGAUGGCACUUUGGAAGAACUUUCUGGGUAUUCUGUGAGUGUCUCGUCAGACAAGGGAAGAUCUCAGAAAACUCCAACUUCUCCUCUAUCUCCAAGUUCCCACAAAUUGAUACAGUUUGACCUUCCAGGAGCUUCACUAGAAAGAUCUAAGUCCUCUGUAAUAACACCUCCAACUACAGCAGGAUUUAACCCUAAUGCAGCUUUCGCUGAUGUGAACCUGGCUGCCAACAGAGCAACAGAGAUGGCUUCAACACCAGGCUCUAAGCGAUUUUCUCCUGCUGGCCUCCAACAUCGUAUGGCAGUAGAACUAAGUUAUCUGAAUGCCAUUGAGGAGUCAGUGCGCCAGCUGUCAGAUGUAGAAAGAGUUAGAGGCAUUUCACUUGCUCAGCAGGAGAGUGUGUCUCUGGCUCAGAUCAUAAAGGUCCAUGCAGAAUCAUUACAGCAGGUAGUUAAAUCACAAAGGGAAGUAACUGAAGUUGUUCAGGAAGCAACUUGUAAAAUAACAGCUCAGCAGACAGAGACUGCUUACCUUACCACAGAUGCAGCUCACCAGAUCUGUGAGAUGGCAGAGUUGACUCGAACGCACAUCUCAGAUGCCAUGACUGCCUCAGGAACUCCCCUAGCAACACUGUAUGACCAUCAACGGCAACACCUUCCAGAUUUCAUGAAACAACAGAGGACCAGAGCUGAAACAAAUAGGAUAAGCCAAUCAUUUUCACACAGUCAGAGUAAAGAAGGGAUCCCUGACUCAAAACAUCAGAAAUAUUCUCCUUUAUAUAAUAAUUAUUCUGAGUCAACAAGAUAUAAGAAUCAUGAUCGAAGAAGUAGUAGUGGUAAUAGCCGUAAAGAAAGUCCUUCAGCUCUGUCUUGUAAAGAAAAUGAGAAGAAAGUUCAUGAUGAAAAGAUGGAGAGUUCAAUUGAUGAACAGCUUCAAACUGCUGCAGAUGAUUCUUUACAAAGUGAUAACAUUCCAUCUCUUCCUGAUGAGAAAGAUUCAACUUCUAUUGCAACAGAAUAUUCCCUGAAAUUUGAUGAAUCCAUGACAGAAGAUGAAAUAGAAGAAAAAUCAUUUCGAUCUUUACUACCUUCUGAAAGUCAUCGUAGAUUUAACAUGGAAAAGAAAAGAGGCCAUAAUGAGGACUCUGAUGAAGAAGCUUCCCCAGACAAGACUAUGCUAUCUUCUACCAAGGAACUGAGCAUGCCAUUCUCAGGAGAACAAGACAGCUUUUCUAAAUUUACUAUGGAGAUGGUUCGACAGUAUAUGAAAGAAGAAGAAAUGAGAGCAGCUCACCAGUCUUCACUUUUACGUCUACGUGAAAAGGCCUUAAAGGAAAAAACUAAGGCUGAGUUAGCCUGGCUAGAGCAUCAAAAAAAACAUCUACGAGACAAAGGAGAGGAUGAUAAAAUGCCUCCACUCCGGAAGAAACAGCGUGGAUUGCUUUUAAGAUUGCAGCAAGAAAAGGCAGAAAUAAAACGUCUUCAAGAAGCCAAUAAGGCAGCUCGGAAAGAAAGACAACUGAUUCUUAAGCAGCAGGAGGAGAUAGAAAGGAUCCGACAGACCACUAUAAAACUGCAGGAGAAGUUGAAGUCUGCAGGGGAGAACAAAUUGGAAUCGCAUAGUGAUGAUGAUGAGGAUGAUACAAAGAAUAAUAAGGCAACUAGUCCUGGUCCAACUGAUUUGGAAACCCGCAGUCCUUCUCCCAUUUCAAUCUCUAGCAGUGAAACUAGUAGCAUCAUGCAGAAACUGAAGAAAAUGAGAAGUCACAUGGAUGAAAAGUUUCUGACAAAACGAGAACAAAAAUUAAUGCAGCGGCGACAACAUGCAGAAGAGCUCCUGGAGUGGAAGCGACGUUUAGAUGCAGAAGAAGCUGAAAUUCGCCAAAUGGAAAAACAAGCUUUGGCUGCCUGGGACAAAGAAUUAAUAAAAUCCAAAACUCCUAAGAAAGAACUGGAAGACCAGAGAACAGAGCAGAAAGAAGUAGUAAGUGAGGAGGAAUCUCCAUUACCUUCCUACUCUCAUCUGAACAGUGAAAGCUCGAUUCCAGAAGAAUUAGGCAGCCCUGCUGGUAUAAAUGUAACACCUGAGUCUGUAGUGCAGGAACAGCAAGGGAGUCCAGAUCACAGUAUACUUACAGAAGAAAUGGUUUAUUCACAGGAACUAGAAUCUUCUACCUCGCCUAAUAAACAUUCCCCUCCCAAAAGCUGUACAUCUGUGACAAAGCAGGAGUCAAGCAAAGGAAGUCAUAGGACUGGAGGACAAUGUCACCUUCCUAUGAAGUCCCAUCACCAUUGCUAUAGUUGGUCUGAUGAAUCAUUAUCUAUGACACAAUCAGAAACUACAUCUGACCAGAGUGACAUUGAAGGUAGGAUCAGAGCUCUGAAGGAUGAGCUGCGGAAAAGAAAAUCAGUUGUGGAUCAGUUGAAGAAGGAACAGAAAAAAAGACAAAAGGAAAGACUGAAAGCACAAGAAGCCAGUCUGAUUAAACAGUUAGAGUCAUAUGAUGAAUUCAUUAAGAAAACUGAAGCUGAGCUUAGCCGAGAUUUGGAAACAUCACCAACAGCCAAACCUCAGAUUAAAACAUUCUCCACAGCUUCUGAAAAACCCAAGAUCAAGCCUCCUCCACUACACAGAUCUGAAACAGCAAAAAAUUGGAAAUCACUAACAGAGCCAGAACGUUCCAGAGGAUCCUUACAGUCUAUUGCUGAGCAUGUUGAUGCUUCAUUGUCAGGUUCUGAAAGAUCAGAAAGAUCUUUGUCUGCAUAUGCAAAGAAAGUGAUUGAAUUGGACAUUCAAACUGAAGAAUAUUUGCAAACUCCUUCUCCAAUCCUCAGAUCAUCAAGGAAAGCCAGGGCAGAAUCUGGAGAUUCUCUAGAAAAUGUUCUUUCAUUACCUCUUCUCAAGGAACUAAAUUCUCCUAAUAGGAUUUUUGAUGUGUCAGAAGCUAAGAUUGAAGAGUCCAAUGAAAAAUCAGAAACACAAAAAGAAUAUGCAAAAUUGGAAGGGGGUGAGAUUGAAGAUGCCUAUUCCAAACCAUCUGAUAUCUUAAUGAAACAGGGAGACUCAUCUGAAAUUCUUUUAAAGAAAAAUCUUCCUUCAGAUUCUGUGAAUGUUCAGCGAGAUUUAAUUAGAUUGGCCAUUGAAAGUCUUCAUAAAAAAGAGGAAAUAUUGAAAGAAAGAGAGUCAGAUGAAGGUUAUCACCAUACUGCAGACAUCCAGCCAGUAAAAGAUAUUCUUGAACAAAAGAACAAAAUGGAAGGGGACUCUUCUUUGUCAGAACAUCUUUUUGCUCCUAAAGAAUUGUCAUACUCUGAAGAUUUUGAAGUGUCUUUCAAGAAAGAAAUUUCACCUGAAUUGUAUAAAGAUGACUCUGAGGCAUCAUCUUCGUUGUCACUCAAGAACGAGACUUACUUUUGCAGAGAUAAGUCACAGAAAACAAAUUCUAGAAGUAGAGCCAUCAGCUUUGGUAGUGAUGAUGAAAUCAGUGAGUGCCUGAGUGAGAAAAGCCUUUCUGUUCAUAGCAGUGUCCAUUCAGAAAGGCUGUUAGAGCUCAAGUCCCCAUCUGAGCUGAUGAAAAGUAAGGAGUGUAGUGAUGUAGAACAUGAACUCAGAGUUACUGAGUCCCUUCCCUUGGCUCCAGUUCCUGUUGCAGAUGAGUUACUUGAUUUCCACAUUGGUGAUAGGGUAUUGAUUGGCAAUGUGCAGCCAGGAACUCUUCGAUUCAAAGGUGAGACUAGUUUUGCUAAAGGAUUUUGGGCUGGAGUGGAGUUAGAUAAACCUGAAGGAAAUAACAAUGGAACAUAUGAUGGCAUUGUAUAUUUUGUGUGCAAAGAUAAGCAUGGUAUUUUUGCUCCUCCCCAAAAAAUAUCUCACAUUCUAGAAAACUUUAAUGACUAUAUAGACAUAAAUGAAGAAGAUUGUUAUUCAGAUGAACAAUACCAACACUCUAAUCAAGAGCAAAAAGAUACAGAGGGUGUAAAAGAUACAGAAAACAAUGCAGUUGAAUGUUUUUAUGAGAAAUCUCUACAUAGUACACAGAACAUAGAAACCUCAGUGGAUAGAGACAGAAGCCUUAAAGUAGAAACAGACAAAAUAUGGGACAUUUCUGGAGUACAUGAAGCUCAUGUUCACCAACAAUCUUCAGUGGGUUCACUGGUAUCUUUAAAGGGUAACAAAGAACUUUUUGGUGUCACAGAAAAAGUUUCCAUUGCUACGGAAGAUGAUACUUUAGAUGAUACCUUUUCUGAAGAAAUGCAGAAGCAACAACCAUUUACAGAAAAGGAAGAGAAUGUAUGUUCUGAUGUUUCAGAAAAUCUUUCUACCCCACUUCUAGACCUUUUAACAAGAGAAAAAAACCAGUUAGAAGCCCAGCUAAAGUCAUCACUCAAUGAAGAAAAAAAGUCAGAGCAACAACUAGAAACAGUCAGCUUACUAGCAGACAACUUACUAAAAGUUGUUGUGAAGGACACACUCAGUCAACUACAGCAAAUCAAGAGAGCUAAGAAUGAGAAAAUUCAGCUUAGUAAUAGGGAGUUUCUUGAUGAUGAUCAAAAGAAAGUGUCAUCUCAAGAUGGAUCCCAAAAUCUUGAGGAACAAUUCAUUGGUGUUCCAGUCUGCUACUUAAGGUCUGAAUUGGAAGAUGAAAAAGAAGAGAUUUCCUCUCCAGAUAUGUGUCCCAGACCUGAAAGUCCAGUGUUUGGUGUUAGUGGACAGGAAGAGCUUGCUAAGAGACUUGCUGAACUUGAAAUCAGCCGGGAGUUCCUGAGCACAUUAGGAGAUGACCAAGACUGGUUUGAUGAAGACUUUGGUUUGAGCUCCUCUCACAAGAUCCAAAAAAGUAAGGCAGAAGAAGCAAUUGUACCUCUGAUGGCAGAAUCUAAAAGAGCACCUCAAAAACCAUGUGAAACAUUAUUGGCAGUCCCACAUACUGCAGAAGAAGUAGAAAUUCUUGUACAUGAUGCAGCAGAAGAACUUUGGAAAUGGAAAGAAUUAGGCCAUGACCUUCAUAGCAUCAGUAUUCCUACCAAACUGCUUGGCUAUGCCAGUAAGGGCUUAGAUAUAGAAAACACAAGUAAAAGAGUCUACAAACAGGUGGUUUUUGAUUUAACAAAAGAGAUUUUUGAGGAAAUAUUUGCUGAGGAUCCCAACUUGAAUCAACCUGUUUGGAUGAAGCCAUGUAGAGUCAACUCUAGUUAUUUCCGACGAGUGAAAAAUCCAAAUAACCUUAAUGAAAUCAAGCACUUCAUAGCAACUGAAGUACUCAAAUUGUUCAGUCUUAAAAAAGAGACAAAUCACAAAACAGAUUGGCAGAAAAUGAUGAAAUUUGGAAGAAAGAAAAGAGACCGAGUGGAUCAUAUCCUGGUACAGGAGCUCCAUGAGGAGGAGGCACAGUGGGUGAACUAUGAUGAGGACGAGUUGUGUGUGAAGAUGCAGCUGGCUGAUGGUAUCUUUGAGACUUUGAUCAGAGAUACUAUUGAUGUCCUAAAUCAGAUCAGUGAAAAACAGGGGAGAAUGCUACUUGUGUGACAUCUUGCAAAUAAAUUGAACACUGAGUGUUAAUAUGAGUCCUGGGCCUUUCUGCCUCCUGACGUACACCCCACGUCCAUCAUAGCAAGAGUGCUUCCGGACCUUGUAACUGUUCUUAUGGACUGCUGAUUUUGGAGUUCAUGGGACAAUGCCGUAUAUCUGAUAAUACAGCCUUUGCCUUUAGACUGUCCACUGAAUUACUUGGUUAUUUUCAGUGGGCAGGGUUAUACUUCUGAUGUUGAGACAGUAUAAUUCUACAUCUCUUGAUAGCACUCCUUCUAGGUCUCAGAUGGGAGCUCAGCACAGCAGACUUAGCCUCCAUGCUUAGACUAGGGUAUCACUUCCUUGAGUGUGAAGUCAACCCAGAGUGAUAUAGCGAUAAUUUAUCAUAUAAUUUUUUAUCAUAUAAUUUUUGAAAUGUAAUCUGGGUCUAUGCCACGAAAGUCAUAAAUGAACAUUAUAAUUUUUAAACAGUAUUAAACCCUUAAUCACUUUAAAAUAUGCAGGUUUAAUGCCUGUUUCACAUUCUGGAGUUGAUUUCAUUUCUUUUUGAAGACUAUUUUCUUCUAUUAGUGCAGUGCAGCAGCACCAAGCAGACUGUCAAAUUAACAGAAAUAAAUGAUAGCCUUGCUUUCUGAGCACCACCUAAAGAACUGUAAACCUUUGCAUUAUGUUUAGUUUUCCUGUCUGGGCAUGAAUAUAAAUGCCCCCACUGAAGACUGGGCUUAAAGGACUGCUGCAGGGCUGAUUCCUCUACCCCUUGUAUUACCCCUGCACUUUUCUUCCUCGUCCUGAACCUCUAUAAGCUGCUCCCAGAAUCACAGAUACUCAGGACCAUCUCAGGCAUCCAGGCAUGGCAAACAUGGAAAUAAUUCAUUUUGGCCUUCAAACUUUCAGCUCCCAUCUCUCCCCAGGAAGUCAGAGAUGCUGUUACUUGAAUGAUUUAGGAAAUGAGUGUGUGCACCAAAGACAAAAAGAUAUUGUCUAUAGUUUGUGUGCUUGUUUUACUCUAUGGAACAUUUUUUAUUUAUUUUAACAUAAAUUAUUAAGUUGAAAAUGUGUAUCCCUAUUCAGAAGUAAAAGAUUCUUAUAAUAGUUAAACCUCCAUCUUGAAGCUUCUGUGGUUUGCACAGGAAACCUAUGGUUUUAACAAACCCAUACACAUAUUGAAGAAGUUAGUUAAAUUCAGUGGAAAGAGAAUGAGCUUUUCAAGAUCACUUGCAAUGGCAGGAAUGGGAGAAAAUGAUUCAAAGACACUGUAAAGUUUAAUCUUGCCUCUCUUGCAGCAUUGCUUCUUACAACUAUUACCUAAUCUGAAGGAAAAAAAAAAAAAAAAAAAAAGUCUAUAGACUCCAGCUGCUACACUAGAGCAUGAGAUGCUCUUCUGGGACCUCAGUAACUGCCUUCCUGACUGGUUUCUCUUAAUCAGUCCUAUCCCUCUUCUCAUAGUCCAGAAAAAUGUGGAUAAUCAUAGGCGUGAAUGUAAAUGCCUUAAUCUUAAAGGUCCAGAUCAGAAGCAUAAUGUGAGACAUCCACUGGAUUUAUAGUUACAAUAUUCUGGAAUGUUGUAGUUUCAAAAUAUGUUAGACAACCCCAAAGAUGGUAUAAUCUAAGUGUGCAUGUUUAUUUCCACAUCUUUCCUUCAAACUUGCCUUUGCAUCUUAAAUGUUUCACUAUGCACACUUCCAUUCAUCUUCUGUUCAUCCUGUCAUAAGAAACUCACUGAAAUAAUCAUUGGAAUAUUUGCAUUUUGCACAAUGACUGGUGUGAUAGCUCUUGACAAAUGUAGAAAGCACUGAAAUGUUGAGUCUCAGGAAAUGCUAUUUUGAUGUAUUUCCAGCAUUUCUUCUGGGCCUUUAUUGUUGAGCUAUAUAGUCUUGUAGCCAUAAUGAGCAAAUUGACUAAAAGAAGCAAAGGUUUCUCGGGGUUAUUAACCAGUAGUGUGGAAAUAAUUGUUUUCAUAUGGCCAAGGAAAAGCAAAGACUUGUGUUUUUUGGUUUAUGUUCUUUGGAAGACAGAAAUACAUCUUGUCCACAUCCUUUUGGUAAUUUUUUUGGAUCACAUUGUCCUUAUGAUAGUGAAACUUUACAGUUGCUGUAAAUUUUUUAUAAGUGAAUAUCAAAAUACUAUAAUAGGAAUAUGGGUUGCUUUUCUACAUCCUCAUUAUUUUAAUCUAAAACCAAUUUUUAGUAAGAAAAUUUAUCUUUACUCUUUAUGACAUCAUGAUUCCAGAGAAGGAAAACAUAUUCAUUAUAAGACCAUGAAAUCAGCAAUCUGGACUGGUAAGAAUGCUGCCAGUAGUGUGGCAGUAGCCAUCCCAGCCUACUCCAGCUGUCUUUGCUAAGAUACUGGAUUCCAGAUGAGAGGCAGUAAAAGACCAGUCUUACUCUUUGUCAGAAAUGUCAACCAUAGUUUGUAGCAAAAACAAAACGAAGACAUGUGUAGUAACAAUUUUCUUAUUUUAACUGUGGGGAUCUAAUUAAAAUAUAUUUGUUAAUAGGUUUAGAAAUAAAUAUAAUACUGAACCACUUUUCCAUACUGGGAUCUUUUUAAUCAAACUCUGCCUCUUAACCGAAGAACCUAUAUAUUUCCUCUUUCUAUCUUCUCCCUACACCCCAUCAUUUCAGUCUGUCUUCAUAAUUCUUUAAGAAAAAGAUCUUUGCAUCAGCAGUAAUAUCUUUUAGAACAGCAUUGUCAGAAUUUAGUAGUAAACCAACAUAUAGGCUUCAGAUUUAAUUCUGAGUCUAAACAAUUUGUGCUAUCCAGGGCAGUUAACUCUGGGUUAAACAAGUACAGGGUAUAGAUUCCCUCUUCAGGUCUAAACAGGAAUUUUUACUCUAGGGAAAAGUGGGAAGAGCUCAAAAGUAGUUAAUAAGGAAGGUAAUUUUUUCUUUACCCAGAAGAAAAGAAAAUUCCUUCUGUGACUACAGGUCUCUGAGAAAUUAUCUUUCAAAAGAGAUUUCAUUGCUCAUAAGAGUGUUGUGGCCUAUUGAUAAAAACAAUUUUGUUCACUUUCUUGUCUUGAAAAAAAGUGGCCUUAGCUUUUUGCAAUACUUGAAUAAAGUGUGUACUCGCAAAAGAAUUUCUGUAGCACAGCAUUAGAGACUUAAUUUUCUGCAAGAAAUUCAGACUUACAUCUUCCUUUUACUACCUUAAGAAUACUAGUGAAUAAAUAUUAACUCAAAGAGCAAGAGAUAGAAACUACAAUGAUGUUUAAUGCAAAUUGUAGGAAUUUACAUGUUUACAAAUCAUCUUAAACUGGUUGUGCAGCAAUUCAAUAAAAUAUCUUUGUAUUAUAAAAAUGUGAAGAAAAAUGUAAACUGAUGUAAAGGUGGUACUGUCAUUUUAAUUAACCUUGUUUAAUAGCUUUUCCUUCUGGACUUUGCAAAGCCUUCUUGGUAAACACAUUGCAAAGCAUUCUCUAGGAGGCUUAGCCUCCUUGUGUGUACUGUACUGUGCAGACAUGAAAAACAAACCCGUUUACUGUGUAUGUGUAAAUAGCCUGGUCAUCUGGCCAUUUUCAGCCAAUAGUCACAUCCAGUGCAGCUCUGCACAGAAGACUUAGGGUGUGGUUUGUAAGUAUGAUCUGUAAAAUAACUGGGAUAAAUUCCCAUGUAUACCUGUGUAAAUAGAUUUGUUAACUAAAAUGUACUUUAAGAAAAAUAAAUCUGUAAAUAAAAACUGAUUUAUAAAUUAA